AGAUACGACAAGCAGCGCUAAUGGUCCAUCCCCAUGCUGAAAUACACAGAAAGAGAGCAGGAGAGGUGCAGCAGCUGGUGGGGCGCAUCACGGUGCUCAAGGAGAAAGCACUCCCCGGAUUCCCACCUCCCCGGUGAGAGCCAGCACCGAGCAGCCUGCCUGGUGCUCGCCAGGCGGAUGCCAGACCCCUUUGUUCACGUCAGGUCAGCAGCCCCGGCCCGGCCCCAGCCCGGCCCAGCCCCGGCGCUCUCCCUCCCCUCCCCGGCCCGCCGAUGUCAUCACGCACCGACGCCACGGGGUGUCCACCCCGCUGACGAGACAGCAGCUCCAGGAAGAGGACACAGACAAUAUUCCCAUGAGUGUUCUGCUGAUUGAAGCCUUCUAUGGGGGCUCCCAUAAGCAGCUGAUCGACCUGCUCCAGGAGAAUGUGAAAGACUGUGUCACCUAUUCUUUACCAGCCAAGAAAUGGCACUGGAGGGCAAGAACUGCUGCUCUGUAUUUCAUGCAGGCUGUUCCCCACAGCGUCACCUACAGGGUGCUCCUGACCAGCUCAGUCCUGAACCUGGCUGAGCUAACUGCCCUCCGGCCUGACCUGGCUGGGCUGAAAAAAGUCCUGUACUUCCACGAGAAUCAGCUGGUAUAUCCAGUCCGGAAGAGCCAAGAGAGAGACUUUCAAUAUGGAUACAACCAGGUUCUCUCAUGCUUGGUGGCAGAUGUGGUCGUGUUUAACUCUGCUUUCAACAUGGAGUCUUUCCUCACUUCUAUUCCUACCUUCAUGAAGCUGAUUCCAGACCACAGACCCAAAGAUUUGGAAAAGCUCAUCAGACCCAAGUGCCAAGUGCUCUACUUUCCUAUCAAAUUUCCUGAUGUCAGAAGAUUUCUUCCAGAGCACAAACUAAAUUUCUACAAGAGGAGGCUGGACUUUGAAGAAAGAAGAUAUCCAGGCCUCUCAGGAAGCUUCUCAGGCUCCAAACAUUGCACUGGAACAGAGCUGCCAACAGAUAACAGCACUUCUGAUCUGACUCCAGAGCCCCGUGAAAAGGUUUGCACCACAGAACAAGAAGCCCUUAACCCACCUGAGCCUCCACUGGAGACGGGCAGAGCUGAUGAAGCAGCGAUCCCUCAUCAUGCAGAUGACAAGCAGCAGCCCAGCCUGGAGCCUGGUGGCACAGGAGUGCCAGAGCAGAGAUGCGUUGGACCUGCUACUCAACAAAGACCUCUCCACAUCGUGUGGCCUCACAGGUGGGAACACGAUAAAGACCCUGAGGUCUUCUUCAAGACAUUACUGAAGCUAAAAGAAAGGGGACUAAGCUUUCAAGUGUCCGUCCUUGGUGAGACCUUUACUGAUGUGCCAGACAUCUUUGCUGAAGCCAGAAAGGACUUAGACGGCUAUGUCUCACAUUGGGGCUACAUACCAAGCAAAGACGACUACCUCAAAGCUCUGUGCGAAGCAGAUGUUGUUGUUUCUACCGCCAGACACGAGUUCUUUGGAGUCGCAAUGAUAGAAGCUGUAUAUUGUGGGUGCUAUCCUCUCUGUCCGAAUGCUUUGGUGUAUCCUGAAAUAUUUUCUGCUGAAUAUCUGUACUCCACACCUGAACAGCUCUUUAAGAGACUUCAAGAUUUCUGCAGGAGACCAGACCGUGCAAGGGGGUAUCAUGCCAAGGAACCCACCAAAAUUUUCUAUUGCCUCCGGAAAUCUCCUCAGGAAGCUGUGCUCCGCUUCUGAGACCCUGAGAAACAUUUUCCAACUAAGAUAAACAGGUGCUUAUAAUGUGUGUGCCUGUAAACAAACACUACUCAGAUAGCUCUGCAGCCUACAUUCUGAAUGAACGAAAAGCCUUUGAUCCUGCCAGCAGCCUUCCUCCUUUCAGCAGCAGUUUCAGAAUGACUAGGUUGCUUUCCUGCACACAACCAGUGAAGACCCUACAAAGCACCAAGACAAAACUCAGUUGUGCCAUUUAGCGAAUGGAAUAGUGUGACUAGGGCUUGCUAGAUGUUUAAUUCUGGUUUAUGAUGUAAUUUCCCUUCCUCUCAUGGCAAUGGGUUUCUCUUCAGCUCCGGCCUUUGCCUAUGGGCACUGGAGGCUCAAACCUCAGUCAGGUUUUCUCAGCUCAGCCACAAACUGUCACUUUAUCUGUCUGGAACUUUUUUGUGUCUGAGUGCUGCAGAGGUUUUUCUGAUUAUUGUUUUCAUGAACUAGGGAUAUUUCGUCAUUUGGUAAAGGACUGUAUGACAGUAAAGUAAAACAUGCAACUGCAAUGUGUAGCAAUGGGCCUUAGUCACAGUGCUGCCAUGUUGCAAAGGAGAACUAGCAGGACAAGUGGUGUUGAUGCAAUAGCCAUGACCCAUUGCUACAGGUGGACAAUAAGUUAGGGUUAAAAGCACAACACACAUGAGCCUUCUUGACUGCAUUCCAUUCAAGUGUGAUUGGGAGUUGAAAGCAAUGCAAAUUAUCCUUGAGUUUUUUAAAUCCAGGACAAAGUCACACAUUUCAGUUGAUGCAGCAGUAAACAACUAGCGCACUCAUACAUGAACCAUUUGUCGCCUACUUGUUUCUGAUUAGCGAUAUGGAGUCUGACAGUGCAGGCCCUGGAAGAAGCAGAAUGGUCUUCACCAGUCACAACGGGCUAGCUCCCCAUCAGUGAUGUCUACAAAUGUCUGCCUGGCUUAGACCUAGCCAGUUGACUGAGGACCUUGCUAAAUCCAUCACGAAGAGGCCACAGCCUCCGUGAAGCCUGCAUGUAUCAAUGGGUCUUGCAAAAUAGCCAACACUGCAGCUGUGGGGGAAAGCAAGUGAUGAAUCAAAUCAUUGAAGAGCUCCCUCUGUCCAGACUUGACAGUGGCCCCAGGAAAGUGAAUACUGCUGCCGAAUCAGCUGUCACUUAGGUUCAUAGAUUCUCGAAUUAGCUUAAAUGAUAUUCUAGAUAAAACAUUUAUAAAAUACUUUAAUAAGUAUGGUGGUAAAUUAAUAAACAAUGCUUAUUACUCAAAAUAACUGUUUCAAAUGAGGAGUUUUCUCAUUAAUUGUAUGCAUGCAUUUUAGGUGUGAUUUAUAUAUUAUUACAUGUAGUUCUUUGUUUAAGCAAACUUCUAGUACCUGCCUCCAUGCAUACAGUAUAUUCUCUCUUCUUUAAUAAUAUAGUAUCUGGACUGAGAUUUGUGCCACCUGUCCAGCUGUUGAUUCGUGUCACAAUAAAAGACCCCUUAGAUUAAACACAGUAUGUCAAAGGGGAAUACUUAUUAAGGCUGUAAUAUGCUAGUAAGUAAAGGGAUUAAUUACACCUUUAUCUUGUCAUGUCACAUUAAAGUUGACUUAAAAUUCCUUUUACAUUUAGUGCCACUGGCUAUUUUCCUCCAUUAUAACCUUGUACAAAUAUUGCUCAUCCUGUCUUUCUGCUGUGUACUCACAAGCGGCUUGGGGGACAUGAGAACUGAACAUACCUGUCACCUAUGACACCUGUCCUCAGGGUCUGGAAUCCAGCAGGUUUUUUACGUCUCCUUAAGUUAUCAACAGCUGUUCACCUGGGAGAAGUGUUACAUUGAUCCUGUUAAGGUUUAACUGAACUGAUGUAUCCCUUCUACACAGCCUUAAGGUUUUGAAAUUUCAAAGAAAAAAUAAUAAUGAACAUAAGAAAGCUUGCAACCAAGAGGAGUCCAUUCAGCAUGUCUGGCUUAUUUGGUUUUUAGAAGCUGUUUUGUCAAGAACGCACACAAGUGAACAACAUCGGUGUUAACCUGUCGACAAACACAUGGAUAUGGACAGGGUGUGCAGAAGAAGGCUUCAAGUCUGUGGGCCACUGGAAGCCUUUCCGUGGCAAAGGUCAUCUGUACAGAUGUGAUGGAUUACAUCUGAAUGAGAAGAGCACCAGUCGUCUUGAUGCAAGGAUCCCAAAAGAGAUCCAGAAAGUAUUCAACUAGAAUGGAAGGAGGGAAAAGCUAGAGCAAAUCAGAAGGUUCAGGUAAUUGAGUGCUGAUACCUAAAUCACUGAUGUCUACCAAUGCCUGCCUGGCUAAAUCACUGAUGUCUAUCAAUUCUACCAGUGCUAGAAUGCUUGGUGCUUACCUGCUAGAAAUAUUAGAAACAAAUUAGAUUAUAUAAAAGCUACCACAUUCGUAGGCAACUAUGAUGCAAAUGUAAUCAAAGAAAUGUGGCUAACCAAAAACAAGGGAGAUGAAUAUACUGUAACUUGAGUAGAUGCGCAGAAUCUGAAUCCGUGUGAGUCAGACUAAAAACAAUCUGAAGGUAUAAAGCUAUGAAUGUGCUGUAGACAAUCAAAGGCAGAGGUGAAUUAUAAUUCAACACAAUAAUGAAAUCAAGAAUUUUAUGGGAGACUUCAAUUUUUUUCCCACCUUCUUCAAGUUCAAGUCAAGUUCAAGUUUAUUGUCAUUAUACUGAUACACAAGUAUAUGGUAUAACGAAAUGCUAUUUAGCUAG